UCCAGAUGGAGCUAGUUCUGAGUAGUGCUGAACUACGUUGUAGUGUAUGAAGGAGAUGGAAACCUUAAAAUGAAAUGACUGAACAAACCCACUUUACAGAGAACCAACCAGUACUGCUGACAAUUACGUAAGAGUUUCAGUAGGAAUAUUAGGAUUGUUCAAACGUGAUAUAAAGUUCUCUACAACCGAAAGUCUCAUUGCGUUUACGUGCAGUACUUUCACAGGAAAGGAAAGGAGAUUCGAUGCAUUACAUAUCUUCUUAUCAUUGUUGUCCUAAAACAUCUUUUCUCUUUAUUCCUUUAUACAGCUUUCUUCUGUUCACCCUCCUAUUUAACUUAUAGUUUUCCUCUAGUAAAGUAGCUUCUUUAUAUUUCAUUUUGUUCCGCAUCAUUAAACCAAAAUACGGUUCACACGAUGUCUUUCGGUCUUCGUAGUAAGAGUCUACCAUCUUCGUACAAACACCCACCUGAAAAUGCAUUUGCAUCAUCUCUGUUAACCACAACACCCAAAGAAGAAUUGCUGUUGCAGCUCCCCGGAUGCACGGUUAAUUUGGUUCAAGAUGGAGAAGCCGUAGAAAUCGCCGAAGGAUACUUCAAUCUUGUUAAGCUUUCUGCCGAGAAUGUACCUUUAGCUAUUUUAAUAAAAGUUGGUGAUGAACUUCAGUGGCCGCUAACAAAAGAUGAGCCAGUGGUGAAACUUGACGAACUUGAUUACUUAUUUUCAUUGCGGAUGGAAGAUAUGGAUCUUAACUAUGGUGUUUCUUUCUCACAACAAUCUGGUACUGGUAGUGGUUUGACUGAUCUGGAUUCAUUUCUUCAAGAACACUCUUGCUUUUCCGUGGUUUCUUCUUCCAGUUCUUCUAAAACUUCUUCGGAUGCUCAGGCUCUUAAUUGGGCGGAGCUUGCACCAAGGAUUGAAGCAAUACCAAGGGAAACCGGCGAGAUUGCCAAAGGGAUUUUCAAGUUGAGCAAUCCCUACACCAAACAGAUUCGAAAGGUAGGAGCAAUGGUUAUAACCGAAGCAACUGAGGAAAUGAAGCGCGACUUCGAAACAGAAAACAGCAAGAAAACCACGAUGAAGAGUGUACUCAUCAGCAAGGGUUUAGACAGGGUUAAGGCAAUUUCGGAGAGGACAGAGCAAAGGAGCAAGAUUGUGCUUAAUAUCGUCGAGAUGGGCACUGGAUCAGCACCUGGACCAAUCAGCUCCAAUGCAGGGAAAAAAAUUCUAGCCACAGUACCUGGAGAGGUCCUCUUGGAUUCUUUCGGUGCAUUCAGCAGGGUUAUGGAUGCAGCUGAAGUUGCCGAAAAACAAGCUCUUUCUGCUUCAUCCAAAACUGCAACCAAAAUGGUUAGCGAUCGAUUUGGAGAAAGUGCAGGGGAGGCAACAAAAGAUGUAUUUGCCAUUGCAGAGCAUGCUGCAAGCACUGCUUCCAAUAUUGUAAAAAUCCGACAAGCAAUCGACCCAGCAUCCUCUGUUUCCUCUACAAUGGCAAAGAAUGCAAUAAAGAAGAACCUUUGAGGCAAUAACAAGUGCCCACACAUAUCUACUUCUGAACCAAUCGGAACUCCCAGUGUAAUUUGUGUAAUACUAAAUAAUUUCCUAUCCAACAGUGUGAAACCUCUCUUCCUCUAGAAAAUCUAAUUGUUAUUUAAACUUACAUUGAUGAUAAUAUAAUGAAGAUAGUAUGUCACUAA